AUGCCGUCAGAUUGCUCCAGGUAUCCCUCGAAUGUACUGUUCUCCUUCCGCUUCCCACCCAGCAAGACCCCCUCUCCCCUUCCCCCCUUCUCCCCCUCCCUCCACCCCUUCCUCUCCUCCCUUCCCCUUCUCCGCAGGUAUCAGGGGAACCGCCGCAGCUUUGGUGCCGUCCCCACUGCAGCUGAGGUAUCAGGGGGAGAGCCACUGUUACAUUGCCAUCUCAUUGCACCCAACAACCUCCUGCUCUCUCCACCUUUCCCCCCCUCUUUCCCCUCCUCCCCCGGCCCCCCUCUCCCCCACUCCCCUUCUCCACAGGUAUCACGGGAAGCGCCGCAGCAGUGCCGCCCUCGUUGCACCCGGUAUCAGGGGAAGCGCGGCGGAAGUGCCGUCCUCACUGCAGCUGGUAACCAGGCACUCUCCCCACCCCCCCCUUCCGUUCCUCCUCCAGCUCCACUCUCCCCUCCUUCACCCAAGCAGUCCCUUUCACUUUCCUUAGCAGCAGCAACCCCAGCAGAAGCAGAAACAGAAGCAGAAGCUGAAGCAGUAGGAGGAGGAGGAAAGUUACGGGCAGCAAUUGCGAGGUUGAACGCGCGUUCUGGUCAAAGAGAAAGCAGUGGGAACUUCACAGCAGGUGCAGCAGGCGCAGCAGCAGCAGCAACCGCAGCAGCUGAAGUCUCAUCCCCUAGUGUCCCAUUCAAUAAUAUCACCUUCAAUAAUAUCACCUUCAAUAAUGUCACGCUCAAUAACGCCCCUCUCAAUAAGCCGCUCUCCAAGGGGGGGAUGAAGCAUGGCUGUCACAGGUGGCCGUGCAGCGCGCGCCCGGGGCUGUGCGGAGUGAUGCAUCGCCCCAUCCGCGUCUACCUCAUCUGGUUCGGCCCGUUCUCCAGAGCGCAGAAGAACAUUCUCAGAAGCUUCAUCCGGUCGAUUUCGGACCGGGGCGAUCCCGAAAACACAGGUGGGUGUGGGGGAGGGUGGAGGGGAGGAAGGGAGGUUGAUUAUGUGCGUGUGGGGGGGGCGGAGGAGGGGUCUCCCCAGCUGGAGGGGCAUCAACCUCCCCGGCUGGUGGGACAUCAACCGUCAGUACCACGACUGCAAGGGCCGCCCGGUUUCCUCCUCCGUGACGCUCAAAGGCGAGUCAUCAUACCCGUUCGGCCGUCGCUCCUCCCGCCGCCCGGCUUCCCGCCGCCCGACUUCCGGCGACCUGACUUCCCGCCGCCCAUCUUCCAGCCGCCCAUUUUCCAGCCGCCCGGUUACCCGGCAUUCGGCUGA